AACCAUCGAGCUAGUCGUCGCGUCGAUGGCGUGGAGGUCGACGCUAAGGGGGCCGGCCCGGGAAAUCCAAUUUCUGCACAGGUCUGCGACCAAGGGGGCGGGUGCAAGAUCCUCAUCAUCAGCACUGGUAAAGUGAACUUUAGAGGAGACAGGAGCGAGGCUUGGUGCACGAACCAAGGAAACAACCCGAACAAGGAGACGCUCUGGUGCGCCGAUGCGGAUCCGACACCCUGCCCGUGCCUCACCUACCCCUCGUCUCGUGACCGUGUGGAAACCAUCGAGCUAGUCGUCGCGUCGAUGGCGUGGAGGUCGACGCUAAGGGGGCCGGCCCGGAAAUCAAUUUGCGCUGGGUGCUGACCAAGGGGCGGGUGCAAGAUCCUCAUCAUCAGCACUGGUAAAGUGAACUUUAGAGGAGACAGGAGCGGGAAGCUUGGUGCACGAACCAAGGAAACAACCCGAACAAGGAGGCACGCUGGUGCGCCGAUGCGGAUCCGACACCCGUGCCUCGCCUGCCCCAUCGACACCUCUCGUCUCGUGACCGUCCAUCCAUCGAGAGCUGGUCGUCGCGUCGAUGGCGGGAGGUCGACGCUAAGAGCGCCGGCCCAGCGCGGUAAACCAAUUUACUACUAUGCAACACUCGUAGUUGGCUUGGCCCAGCCUCUGGCUGGUGAGCCAGGACCUCGCCAACCCUAUAACGCAACGCGACACGCUACUCGCCAGCUGCGUAGGCGCCAGUGUCGGCGGCAGUUUCGCGGCAAGGUGGGCUCGGAUGGUUUUGAAAAGGUGCUCAUGGGCUGCUGAGAGAAAUCGACUAAAAAUGCUUGAAGCGGCGGCGCUUGCGGCGUAGGCGCUUGCACGUGUAUAGUACCGACCCUAGGCGACCCCAGGGAGACCUGUUCGACAGGGAUUGACAGGAUUCAACCGGCGCGGCCGCCCUGUGGCCUCGUCCGCCUCCGCGCCGCGAAACUAUCUUGAAAAGGUGCUCAUCGGAACGCGGGGAGCGAGAGAAACGUUUUUACGGGGACGGAAAGAAAGGGCGAGCGGCGAAGAACAGCGUUCUGACGACCGGCGUAAAACAG